AAUACCUGCUGUGCCACCACUGCUGGUGUCUGACAUCAGCUGUCACUUCUUGGCCUCACUUGUAUACAUAAAAACUUCUAUUUGUCACACCUUCUUGCUAUUCCAGGCAGCGCAAAGGAGCAGACAUGUCUCAUAAAUGGGGAUACGGAUCGAAUAACGGUCCUGACAAAUGGGAAGAAGGUUUCCCACUAGCCAAUGGCCCCAGACAGUCUCCCAUCAACAUCGUCCCUAAGGAAGCCCAGUUUUCCCCUUCUCUAAAACCUCUGAAAAUCAAAUAUGACCCAUCCAACUCUUUGGGCAUUCUCAACAAUGGACACUCCUUCCAGGUUGACUAUUUGGAUGAUGGCGAUUCUUCAACCCUGACUGGGGGUCCUAUUUCUGGAACAUAUCGUCUGAAGCAAUUUCAUUUCCACUGGGGAGGCAGUGAUGAAAGAGGUUCUGAGCACACGAUCAAUGGCAUUAAGUUCCCAUGUGAGCUUCACCUGGUACACUGGAACACCAAAUAUCCCAACUUUGGAGAGGCAGCAAGCCAGCCUGAUGGACUUGCUGUGGUUGGGGUCUUACUCAAGACUGGUGCUGCCAACCCCAGGCUGCAGAAAGUGUUGGAUGCUUUGGAUUCCAUUAAGACAAAGGGAAUGCAGUCAAACUUUCCUAACUUUAACCCAGAAACUCUUCUUCCUGGUUCUCUGGACUAUUGGACAUAUGAUGGCUCUCUGACCACUCCACCUCUUUUGGAGAGUGUCACAUGGAUUGUUCUGAAGGAGCUAAUAAGCGUCAGCCCUGCACAGAUGGCAAAGUUCCGCAGCCUGCUCUUCAGUGGAAAAGGAGAGGAUGAGUGUUGCAUGGUGGACAACUACCGGCCUCCUCAGCCUUUGAAGGGCCGACAAGUCCGUGCCUCCUUCAAAUAAAUGAGGCCUCAUUUAUAUUAAUGUUUCCCAAUGUGCCGUAACACAGUACAGUAUUGUGAGAAAUCAUCAAGAUUAUCCAGUUUCACUUAAUUGGUACGAAAAAUUUGUUUUUAUUACAAACAAUGUAGUAUGCCUGCAACAUAUAGUGAAAAAUAAAAUAACUAAAUACUCUUAUGUUUAGAUGGUAAUUAACCUGUUAUGCUAUUUUUGUAAUAUUUUGUUUGCUGGUGUGCAUUUUUUUUUUCUUAUGUAAAACUUGUGCCUUGGCUUAAUAAAGAAUGGGAAACAUUGA